AUGUUCACGUAUUGUUGUGAAAAUUGCGACCAGAGUGAAGGUUUAGAUUUAGGUGAUGUAACACUGGCGCUAUGUCCUGGCAUCUGCAACUCUUCCGAGAACACGUACAUUCGGUCGUGCGUGUGGCUCGCCUGUCAUUCCGGCUUUCGAUGCGCCGCGUUGAACCACAUCGGCACGCUGAACAACGUGCAGGUGACGUCUUCGCGUUUGUUCACGUACGGCGGGACGGCAGAGUAUGCGGCAAUGGUCUCCAAACUGAUGGCUCUGCAUCCGGACACCAAACUGAUCCUGAUCGGCUUCAGCAUGGGCGGAAACAUCGUCACCAAGUACAUUGCUGAAUGUCCGUUUACCGCUAAUCGCUUCACCCUCGGCAUCUCCAUCUGUCAGGGAUACGACGCAGUCCAGGGAGCCACGCUGCUGUUACAGUGGAACGGCUUAAGAAGGUUGUAUCUAUACAAAAUAACGGAGAACAUGAAGAAGCUUCUUCGAAGUCAUUACGAUAAGGUUGUUCUGCCUCAUGUCGCUUCAGGACUGGUGGACGAAAAGAAACUGUGGUCAUCGACGAAUCUUCUGAGUCUUGAUGACACGUAUACCAGGAAGGUUAAUGGUUUUAACACGGUCGAGGAGUACUACGAGUUUUGCAGCUGUCGUAAACUUCUCAGUGAGAUAUCAGUUCCUAUGGUAUUCAUCAAUUCAGUUGAUGAUCCAUUGGUACCUAAUUCGCUCUGGGAGAUAGCCAGGAAGUAUGCUGAGGAAAAGCCUGACAUGCUCCUCAUCACUCCAAAGCAUGGCGGCCAUCUUGGGUUUAUGGAAGGCUCGUUCUUUCGUCCCAAUUCCAUCACGUGGUUGGAUCGUUUGAUUAUUGAACUCUGCAAUGCUGCUCUAAAGUUGUAUCAUUGA